GUUCUCAGCUCCCUUGGAUACCACGUGGUCACGUUUGAUUAUAGAGGCUGGGGUGAUUCAAUAGGCAGUCCGUCAGAGAGGGGAAUGACCUACGACGCCCUUCACGUCUUCGACUGGAUAAAAGCAAGAAGUGGAGACAACCCUGUCUAUAUAUGGGGACACUCCUUGGGCACAGGGGUCGCAACAAAUCUAGUGAGGCGCCUUUGUGAGAGAGAAACACCCCCGGAUGCCCUGAUACUGGAAUCUCCGUUCACCAACAUACGGGAGGAGGCACGAAGUCACCCUUUUUCUGUGAUAUACAGAUACUUCCCUGGGUUUGACUGGUUCUUCCUUGACCCCAUCACGACAAGUGGAAUUAAAUUUGCAAAUGAUGAGAAUGUGAAAUACAUUUCCUGCUCCCUGCUCAUCCUUCAUGCUGAGGAUGACCCGGUGGUACCAUUUCAUCUAGGAAAGAAGCUUUACAACAUUGCUGCAACGUCACGGAGUUUCCGAGACUACAAGGUGCAGUUUGUUCCGUUCCACACAGACCUCGGCUAUCGGCACAAGUACAUCUACAGGAGUCCAGAGCUACCUCGAAUACUGCGGGAAUUCCUGGGAAAAUCGGAACGUGAGCAUCAUCACUGAAGACUAGCUGCUUGGCAGCACCAAGAUUUUUCCUUUCUUUCCUUCCCCUCUCUCUAAUUAGCCUCCCCCCUCCUUGUGGGUCAGUCUGCCGUUCUUCCAUCUCUGGCACUAGAGGAGGUCAGGGAUUCCCACUCUGGUCCUGAUGUGUACCCUUGGAAAAUCCAGCUCCCGGCAUCAGCAUCUGUGAUGGUAGAAGAAAGUCAUUGUUGGUUUCUUUUCUGACAUGGAUGGAGGGGUGAAAAUGGACAAGGAGCUGGUACCAAAACGUGAAAAAUGAAAGCACAACAAAGCCUGGCCAAUCCAGCAUGGUACCGCCGAGGACAGACAUUCAUAGGACACGUGUCAUGACCAAGGGUGUUUCUUUCACUUUUAAACACUGCUGCUGUUUUUGGAUCACGUAGAGACUCAUUUGUAGGCGAAUGGCUUUUGCCGUGUCUCCACACCACAGAUGUCUUGCUUGAGUUUGAGGUGUUCUGUUUCUAGGAAAUACAUGUUUUGCCUUCCCUUUU